GGUCACGUGACGCGUGUUUGAACACCAUAUCAUGGAAUGUUGUAGGGCGGAGGUCCUGUAACGGGAAGAAAUCUCGAAAUCUGAUUCAGUCUGCAGGUGUAUCUGUAGGUUAGUCAGAAUUAAGUGUUACCUAACUCAUUCAUCUGAAGGUACCGUAUUUGUAACUCAGCUUCCAUGAUGGCUGAGGCACACGACAGAGAGUGUCCCGUGUGUACGAGUGACUUCACCACACCAAAGAUUCUACCUUGUGGUCAUCUCCUGUGUCGAGAAUGUCUCAUUACCUGGAUGGAUUCCAAAUUUGAUGCCGGGUGUCCUCUGUGUAGAUGUCCUAUAGUAGAGCAGUCAGAUGGAAGUUCGUGUGACACUGUUGACGCCCUGCCGACAGACUUUGUGAUGGAAGCGCUGGUGGAGAGCGCUCGUGUGCUGAGUAAAGAUCACCUUUGUUGUGUGUGUGAGGACGUCAGGGCGGACUUCAUCUGUCUGCAGUGUCUUGACAUGAUGUGUACAGCGUGUACAAAGGCUCACAGAAAGUUUUCAGGAACCCGAAGUCACGAUGUGGAGAGUGUCAGCACUGUGACACCUGAACGUCUGGCUGCCAGCCGCCCUGCACUGUGUGCUGACCACGGCGACAAACAGCGGACAGCUUUUGCUUCCACCACCGACGCGCUGUCUGUAAAUCCUGUGACUUACAUAGUCAAUGUUCAAAAGUAAGCGGUCUUAACAGUGAAAUGGAGUCAGCACUAAAUUCACUUAUCGACUUGACAGAGAUUCUGGUAGAAGCGGAGCAGAAGCUAGAGCAGGCUAUAGGUCAGGUGACGUCACGUCUACGGGAAGUUGAUGUCAGUGAACAAGAAGACAUGGCGCAGGUGGACAAGACAUGUUACCGUCUUCACAAGUUGGUGGAAGAUUUCCGUAAGACGAUGAAGGAAAAGACUCGUACGUCACAUCUCAAAAUUAAGAAUUUAUUACGUGACGUCAAGACUGACCUUAGCAACCGUCUCGGGAAGGUGACGUCACACAAACACAUUGUGACGCGAGCGGUGGCAGUGUCACCGCGUCCUACACUGAUACACAUGACAGAGGCUGUGAAAGACAGGGUCAACAGCCUUGACCUCAGCGCUACCUUGAAUGCAGACUGCUGGGUGAAGCCCUUGUCAAGUGUAGAAAGUUGCCAAGAAGUUGCGGGACGGGUAGAAAACGAGCUUCUGAUGUUCGAGCAGCAGAAGACAGAGUCAAAGAAGGAGUUGCAGCCACCAGUCCUCGUAUUUCAUGAAAACUGCGGAACUAACAUUCGUCUGACGAACUGUAACAAAACCGCGGAGAAGAUUACACCGCGAACCAGUGGCAACGGGAUGGUUCUGUCACGUGACGUCAUGGUGGCGGAUGUCUUGUAUGAAGUCAGAGUGGACGCAGUGUUACAGAGGAACAGCACGUUGUCCCUAGGGGUGACAAAAGUCCCUCCCGCACACCUCCACAUGACGAGGUAUUCCACAGACCUGGAAGACGCCAUCAUCAUCGGGUUUGGAGGUGUCGUCCACCAGAAAAGACUUGUGUUCAAAACGAUAGGAAAAAUCUUAAAAGACUUCAUGUCGGGAGUCAAGUUGGGGUACUGAUGGACUCAUCAAGCAACCUUCAUCUCUACAUUGACGGACAGGACCAGGGUGUUGCUGCAAAAAAUGUCCGACAACCCUGUUUUGCUGUCUUUAAUAUUUUUGAUACAGUCAUUAAGGUGACAGCCCUUCCUACAUCUAGGAGAACAUGAAGAAUAUCAGAGAACAAGAAGUCUGAGACACUAAAACAUGAAUAUCUUUGUUACUUAAAAAAGACAACAGCCUGAGAACUGAUAUUAACAACGAGCAAAUUAAAAAAGAGUAGAAACAGUU